AUGCGAACACCAUUGCUCGCGCUGUUCGCGGUGAUGGCAUGCGUAUGCCACGCCUCUCGCUACGUCCUCUACCUGACUGGGCAGCAUCCAGUCUUUCCUGCCGACGCCCAUCUCGCGGAUGUUACGCAUGUUGUAUUGGCUUUUAUAAGAUCUUCGGAUUUCAUCGGAAAGAGUCCCUCCUCUUGGGAUCUUUUCACAUCUGUCGAAAGCGUCCGCGCCAAGUUUCCCAAGAACAAGAAUGUUUCCGUCAUGAUAGCUAUAGGUGGCUGGGGAGACACCAAUGGCUUUUCAGCGGCUGCCGCUUCACAAAUGGGCAGGAAAGCAUUUGCUGAGAACGUAAAAGCUAUGCUUGAUUCAACCCGGGCGGACGGCGUCGACAUCGAUUGGGAGUAUCCUGGCGGAAACGGCGAAGACUACAAGCAAAUCCCAAACUCCCAAAAGAGCUGGGAGGUCGAAGCGUAUCCAAAGCUGCUCGCCGAGAUCCGAGCAGCCAUUGGACCUGACAAAAUCAUGUCUGCAGCAGUUCCGCGAGACAACGUUACUAUGCAUCACACCGGCAUUAACAAUUCGAUGGUUGCUGUAGACACAUACCUGAUGAACGGUGUUCCUCCUGAGAAAGCGAAUCUAGGGUUUGCCUUCUAUGUCAAAUGGUAUCGAACAAAUGGCGACUGUAGCCAUGAGCCCGUAGGCUGCAAGACGGCAUUGAUGGAGGACCCGAAGACAGGAAAGGAUCUAGGUCAAAGUGGAUCCUUCUCAUGGCAUGACAAGGUGCCCAAAGAGCUUGAGAAAUCAUUCCACACAGCUUUGAACAAAAGAGAGUGGGACGACGAUGGCAACUACUACUGGGAUGCAGAAGAAAAUAUUUUCUGGUCAUGGGAGACGCCUGCAUCUAUGGCAGAAAAGUUUCCAACCAUCGUGAAGCAUCGCAAGCUUGGAGGUGUCUUCGCGUGGGGCUUAGGAGAAGAUGCGGACGCGUUCCUUCAUCUAAAGACGUUGAACGCUCUUUACAGGAAAUAUCUCAAGCUCAAGUCAAAAAGUGCCAAGUCCGAGAGGGACGAACUCUGA